CGUGGUGGCGCGCAGAUGUGCCACGUGCUGACGCAUUCCGGACAAUGCUGUGCCGUGGAGUGUGGCCAUUGUGCAGGGAGUGCCUUACUCAGUAUAAAAGGAUCAAGAUGCGCUGUGGACGGCAUACUUCGUGCAAUCCUGCCGCGGUGCACUACUACUACCAUGAAAUCCUUCGUUUGCUUCCUGACCCUCGCCGUGCUGCUGGCGGUGGCCUCUGCAGGCUACGUGAACAGCGGCUGGUCCUCUCCCUACUCCGGCUGGUACAACCGCCCGGCCUAUAGCCGCCUCUCCUACGCGCCGUCCUACGGUAGCUACGGCGGAUACGGCGGCUAUGGCGGCUACGGCGGACACGGCUACAGCGGCUACGGCGGCUACGGAGGAUACGGAGGCUGGAAGGGCGCCGGCUGGAACAGCGGCUGGUGGUGAGCACCGGAGCUGAUCUCCGCGCGACACAAAAACACCGUAUUAUCGUUGAUUGGAGAUUCAUUUAAUUAUUAAUACUAUUGGAACUUGUACCUGAUUAAAUUAGUCUAUUCGCAAA